AUCAUUUCGCUACAGCAAUACAAACCGCAUAUCUCCAGACACGCAGGUCUCGCGUACCGUGCGUGAUCCGAUAGAGAGAGGACGCGCGUAGAGGGAUCGAGGGAAGAAGGAGAGAGGACGAGAGGACACCGAGAUCUUUCUCCUUGUCUGAUGAACGAACCUAUUCGAAAAGUAUGAGAGGAACCGGCUAGAUUUAGACCACUCGUCACUCUACAGUUCGUAUGUUGUUGAGGGGAGGGUGGGGAAAAAAAGAAUGAUCCUAUCCUAGACCUACACCAACGGAAAUCUGUAUCGCUGCGCUGGCAACUGUGGAAAACAGAACAGCGAGCAAGAGACUGAGAUAAACAACAUACAACAUAGGAAAGCAGCCAACUGCCUAAAACCAAAAAUAAAGCAACUUCUGGGAAGGAACCGGAGGCCAGCGUGGAAAGGACUCAUAACAGAUCGUUGGAAUAGCAUCUCGAAUAACGGCAGGUAGGACCUUUGUCAUGGAGUUCCUAAACGACUCCUUGGUCGGUGGAUCAGACCUGGACCUGAGAGCCUUCCACUUCUACAACGACUCUCUGCUUUUCCAGAACAACUUCAGUAUUGGCAACAACGAGACCUACGCCUUCCUCCCCACAGGCAUCAAGAUCACCAUCGUUGUGGUCUACAUGAUGGUCUGCGUGGUGGGGCUCGUGGGUAACUGUCUGGUCAUGUACGUUAUCAUCAGGUACACCAAGAUGAAGACAGCCACCAACAUCUACAUAUUUAACCUGGCUCUGGCUGACUUCCUGGUCCUCGCUACCUUACCCUUCCAGGGAACAGACGUUUUCCUGGGCUUCUGGCCGUUCGGCAACGCCCUCUGCAAGGCCGUGGUCUCCAUCGACUACUACAACAUGUUCACCAGCACCUUUACUCUGACCGUGAUGAGUAUGGAUCGCUACGUGGCCGUGUGCCAUCCGGUUAAGGCCCUGGACAUGAGGACGCCCCACAAGGCCAAGGUGGUCAACAUCUGCGUGUGGGUCCUGGCGUCGGCGAUAGGGGUACCGGCCAUGGUGUUGGGAGAUGUGGAGGUCGAGGUCGAACAUAACAGUAUAGAGUGUAACAUAGUCCUCCCAGACCCCCGUAGCUACUGGGACCCGGUGUUCGGCACCUGCGUCUUCCUCUUUUCCUUCCUCAUCCCGGUUACCAUCAUCAGUGUCUGCUACAGCCUGAUGGUCAAUCGCCUUCGCAGCGUCCGCAUCCUGUCCGGCUCCAAGGAGAAGGACCGCAACCUGCGCCGCAUCACUCGCAUGGUCCUGGUCGUCGUGGCAGCCUUCGUGGUCUGUUGGACCCCCAUCCAAAUCAUGGCUCUGGCCCAGUUGUUAGGCUUCAACCUGGGUAGCCUCCUCACCAUGGCCCUGAUGCACUUCUGUAUCGCGCUGGGCUACGUCAACAGCAGUCUCAACCCGGUCCUCUACGCCUUCCUGGACGAGAACUUCAAGAGGUGCUUCAGGGAGUUCUGCCACCCGGGUCCGUUCCGCCUGGACAGCCGGCAGCAGUCUGGUCGGAUGAGGAGCAUCGCCCGGGAAGUUGCCUACAACUGCAAAACGGCGGACGGGAUUACAAACCCCGCAUGACUAGGCGUGGAGCUGCCUCUGGUCUGCCAGGAGCCCCAGAACAAUCACCACCAAGGGACAGGGAACUCCAACACAGAGCUCACGCAGAUUACUACCCUCUAGCAGUGUGUCGGCCCCCAGGGCUGGGGCCGAACGGGGACGGGCCAGGGUAGGGGCAGAGCCUGGGGGCCAGAGGUAGCCCGGGGCAGGGGCAGAGCCUGGGGGCCAGAAGUAGCCCGGGGCAGGGGCAAUGUGCGAAUGGCCUGGUUGGUGCCUGACCCGGAUCUGUGCCGGAGCGAACAGCAGGGUCAUGUAUUCUAACAGACUUUCUACUCGGGACAAAGGGGCUCUACUUCUCUAUGUCUUUGGUAAACAUGGAUGGCAUUUUGUCAUAUUUUAGUUGAUUGAUCAUUUUUCGGGCCGAUUAAAUCUUAGAGUUUAGGUCUGUGACUUUAGGUCUGUGACUUUAGGUCUGUGACUUUAGGUCUGUGUGCUUCAAGGACGAUUUCCAGGAAAAGUCGACAGUGUUUUGUUUUUGCGCACGUUUCUCUCCACUCUGAGCCCAUUGUUGAUUGGUCGAUUAAUGAUGUUGUUGUCAUUUUUUUCCUAUUGUUGUACAGAUGUUUUAUUUCGGUCUGUUUCUAUGCUGUAAGUGGAGGUUUCUUUGUGUAUUUCUGUUUUAUAUUUUGUUGGUGAGGAACAACUUAUCCUACUUAUCCUUAUACAACUACUCCAUGGCCUUCGAUACAAAGUCUGUUCUAAAUGCUAUACACCAUCCUGGAUAGAGCGUGUUAGUCAGUGAUGGUGCUUUACUGUUUGUUUUCUAUCACCUUGCAGGUGUAGGAACGGGCAACACAUCAGUAACAGAGACUUGCUUGCUUGAAGCCUUUUAUUCAUUGUCACCGAUGAAAUAAUCAUUGAGAUGAUGAUGCUGCCUGAGGUUUCCGCAUAUACAGAUUUUGGCUUGUCGUCCUGUAAAGAAAAUAAAAAAAGAAGAAACAAUAUUUUGUAUUACACAAUGUGUUUUGGAGCAGCACAGUCUUAAAAGUAAGAUUUUACUUAAAAAAGGGAAAAACAAAAGUGCAUCAAAAUUAAAAUAUAUAAUUAUAUAUGAUGUGGAUUGUAUAGAAAUAUAAUUCAUUAUAUUCAUUCUAUUUUUAUGGUGGUGUUACUCUGUAUAUAUAGACAUGCAAUAUAAAGGUAUGUAAAAGUAUAUAAGUAUUGUUACAGUCAUCUAUCUAAGACACUUCUGAGUCUUCUGUCUUUAUAUAUGAAUCAUGUUAUUGGUGUAUAUUUGCCUCUUGAGUCUGUAUGCGUGCUGUUUGUGUACAGAGGUGCAGGUAGAAUCUUUCCUAAAGUUGCAAAAUUCUGGUAACUUUCCCAAAAAGUAUUGGUUUGGGGAUUCCAGAAGUCCUGCUCAUUCCCUCCUGAUUCCUGGAAUCUUUCAACCAGGUUUUUCUGGAAUAACAGGGAAUUCUGGGAAAGUUAUCAGAGUAUUUCCAUUAGUUUACAUUUCCAGACCACUUGAAUGUCAACAUAAAAUUCUCAAAAAAGCCAAAUCUAGCAAAAAAAUGUUGUUGUAAUUAAUAUCAAAAGAGAUAAACAGUGUUUGCAUAAAUGGUUGUUGAUGUAAUGAAGAUUGUAACAGUAUGUUUACUCAUGAACUGCAUUUUACGUAGCUAUUUAUUAUUAUUAAUGAAUGGUUAAUUUGCUGAUGCUAAAGACAUUUUAUAUGCUAGCCAACUUGUUGUUGAUGCUAAAGACAGUUGAUAUGCUAGCCAACUUGUUUUUGAUGCUAAAGACAGUUGAUAUGCUAGCCAACUUGUUGUUGAUGCUAAAGACAGUUGAUAUGCUAGCCAACUUGUUGUUGAUGCUAAAGACAGUUGAUAUGCUAGCCAACUUGUUGUUGAUGCUAAAGACAGUUGAUAUGCUAGCCAACUUGUUGUUGAUGCUAAAGACAGUUGAUAUGCUAGCCAACUUGUUGUUGAUGCUAAAGACAGUUGAUAUGCUAGCCAACUUGUUGUUGAUGCUAAAGACAGUUGAUAUGCUAGCCAACUUGUUAUUGAUGCUAAAGACAGUUGAUAUGCUAGCCAACUUGUUGUUGAUGCUAAAGACAGUUGAUAUGCUAGCCAACUUGUUGUUGAUGCUAAAGACAGUUGAUAUGCUAGCCAACUUGUUGUUGAUGCUAAAGACAGUUGAUAUGCUAGCCAACUUGUUGUUGAUGCUAAAGACAGUUGAUAUGCUGGCCAACUUGUUGUUGAUGCUAAAGACAGUUGA